UCUGUUCUGGAUGAUGAUUGGUCAAACUGCGCGUCAAUCAAACGUGGCCCCGCCCACAGCCUCAGCUAGGGAACAGGUUGAAAAGAGCUGGAGGCACAAAUUACAACAGAGUGUAGGUUAAAACGAGACCUGACACAAACUGGAAGGGCUCAGCGCAGCGUGGGUGCCCAGGGAUCCACUGCCUGAGUGUGGGGAGAGCAGCAGCGGCCGACACCCCGCAGACAUGAACCACACCAAGGGAGGCCUGGUCAUCUUCACCGCCAACUCACACCCAUCAAGUCGCGAGCUGGGCAAGAGGAUAUCCGAGCGGUUAGGGGUGGAACUGGGCAAGGUGCAGGUCUACCAGGAGGCCAACAGAGAGACCCGGGUCCAGAUCCAGGAGUCUGUGCGAGGCAAAGACGUGUUUGUGAUCCAAACUGUGUCCAAGGAUGUGAACACCACCAUAAUGGAGAUGUUGAUCAUGGUGUACGCGUGCCGGACGUCCUGUGCCCGCAGCAUCACCGGAGUGCUGCCCUACUUCCCCUACAGCAAACAGUGCAAGAUGAGGAAGAGGGGCUCCAUCGUGUCCAAGCUCAUCGCCUCCAUGAUGUGUAAAGCAGGCCUGACACACCUGAUCACCAUGGACCUCCAUCAGAAAGAAAUCCAGGGCUUUUUCAACAUUCCAGUGGACAAUCUGAGAGCAUCACCCUUCCUGCUGCAGUACAUCCAGGAGGAGAUUCCUGACUAUAGAAAUGCGGUGAUAGUGGCCAAAUCCCCAGCUUCUGCCAAAAGAGCUCAGUCUUUUGCUGAGCGCCUGCGUUUGGGCAUCGCCGUGAUCCAUGGUGAGGCGCAGGAUGCGGAGUCAGACCAGGUGGAUGGGCGACACUCUCCUCCCACUGUCAAAACCACUGGAGCCAUCCACCCCAGCAUGGAGAUCCCAUUGCUGAUCCCCAAAGAGAAACCUCCCAUUACUGUGGUAGGGGAUGUAGGAGGACGCAUCGCCAUCAUAGUGGAUGAUAUCAUUGACGACGUGGACAGUUUUGUGGCUGCAGCAGAGACUUUAAAGGAGCGGGGAGCCUACAAAAUCUACGUCAUGGCCACUCACGGUCUGCUGUCCUCAGAGGCACCACGCUUCAUCGAGGAGUCUGCCAUAGAUGAGGUGGUGGUGACCAACACAAUCCCCCAUGAGCUGCAGAAACUCCAGUGCCCAAAGAUUAAGACGGUGGACAUCAGUAUGAUCCUGUCUGAGGCCAUUCGCCGCAUUCACAAUGGGGAGUCCAUGUCCUACCUGUUCCGCAACAUCGGUGUGGACGACUAAAACACACACACAAAACCUCCCGUGAUGUCCUCACACCGGCACUGCUCAUGUUGUACUAGCACCACCACAUGCUAACGGUAACCCCAGACUGAAAUGUGCAUUUAGACUGAACAGGUUUAGUCCUAGUUUUCAAAAUGAGAGCCAAUGACUGCCCUCUUUCUACUCCGUUACCUCUGUUACCACAACUAACACGUUUGUAACUCAUCUCUUAAUGUGGAAUGUCUUUGUUGUUAAAUAUUGUUACUAUUGUACUGCAGUGUGUCAGUGCCUUGGACAAAAAUAUUCAUAACACGCCUUCAGUUUGUUACAGCUUGGUCACAUUAAACAUAACUGUGUUACAUUUUAAUUUUGAAGCAAUGGUUUAGUGUUCUGUUAUAAAGGUUUCCCAACAGAUUUUUCUGUUGAGAAACUUAAUUGAAUUCAUACUUUAAGUUUAAGUAAAUUCAUAAUUUAAGUAUAUUUUUGAGUCAUGAUCAGAAGCAAGAAAGCAAUUUAACCCGCGUUGUUGUAAAGAAAGCUGAAAUUUCAUAAUACUUAUGUAAAUAAAGUUAACAAUGUUUUACAUAACCUAGGAAUUUUGAAUUAUCAACCAAUGAAAUGAAAUUAAAUGUAUCUUAUGUGACUCUAAUUUACCUCUUUACGCUGACCCCUUUUUUCAAAGAGAUUACAAUCCAAAUACACUGCACUACUCCAAACCUGACACAAUACUAAACCGUUUGAUUCACUUCUCAUUUGUGUUAAUUGCUUUUAGAUCACAUUAUGAGUUGGCCAUAUGUGUGUUAGCCAUAGUGCUUAGCUGCUCAAAUAUUCAAGUAUCCUGUGCUAAAGCUUAACUGGAAUUUAGAUUUUCCAUUCUGUCAAAAUUAUUUCAUGACAUUUUGUGCCAUCAUUAAUCAUUUUUCAUGGCUGUUAAUUGAGUGGCCAUUCUCUCUGGAUAUCAUUAUGAAUUAACUACCUUGGAAGCGCUUGGAGCUAUUUGAAUAAUUCUUGGUAACUAAUUUAAUUCUGAUUAGAAUUUUUUUUUUUGACAGACAAUAUUUGACUGAAGCAGGUCUUUGUCGCUGUAUCAGGUGUCCCAAAUGUUUUGUAUUUAUUUUAAGCACUGAAGAUAAAUAAUAAAGACCGAUAGUGCUUAACCUGAA